AUGGGACGAACAUCAUCACCACAGAGCGGAACCUCGCCUGAAGAGACGAGCAAUAAGAGAUCUCGAUCAAGAUCUGGCACACCGCCACUGGCUCCCUCACCAAGUGGUUAUGCACGGCGGUCACCACCGGCAGUAGUCACGGCCUCUGCAGGUCCGAAUAAGGAAUCUCCGGCAUGUCAAUUAGAGGAGCAUGGAUUUGUUUCCCUUUUUCAGCAUUGCGAUGAUGAUUCUGAACAAAAAUUUUUUGGGCGCCUCCAAGGCCGAAGCCAUGCGGGGUCUACAACGGGAUUGAUCGAGAGCGAGGAAGUCAAGCGUGAUUACUUAAAAGCUCUUGGGAAAGGAAGCCUCGAGAAAGAUCUUCAAAAGUUUGUCAUGGACAGGCUCGACAGUAUUGAGAAUGUAUCUUCAAGGGUCCUUCUGAACUACCAAAAAGAGAACAAGGAAGCAGAAGGGCCGUUAAAGACUAUUUUUGUCAACUAUGCUGAGAAAAUGCAAGAGGCAAAAGAGUUCCCGCUGACAGGACGCUGGAAGGAAUAUCCGACAGAUCCCCGGGGAUGCCUCGUUACCGUCGCAUCCAGACAAGACGCAGCUUGUUUGAACUCCAAGUCCUGGCGGCUCUUUCAAGGAGAAUUCAAAAACGAGAGCAAAUAUUCCGUCAUGGACGGAAUUCGUCAGUGCGCUGGCUAUCUUUGGCACCAACUUUGGUGGUUUCGUACCGUGCAGGGUCUUGGUGUCGAACAAGUGUAUGGAUUUGUGAUAUGCGGUCCAAAAUGCAAGGACGUGGAGAAUAAAGUUGUCGUCUCUCUUCUGAUACUCUCCCAGUGCGCUAAGAUUGGUGAUAAGUUCAACCUCUACGAAUACCGUAAGAGUUACGAUGUGGACGACACGACGGCCUUUAACUCGUUGAAAUUGUUUGUCGAGAGUCAAUUUGACAGAAAACUUGCAGCAGCGAAGCCCAUUCCGUCGGACCGAAUUUGCCCUGGCAUCAUGAUGAUUCCACAACACCUAAUUGUUGGCCCUGACGGCGUAUGGAACAUUGUCAAUUCCGGAACAGCUGCUUUGAUUUUCCGUGUAAAGGUAGACGAUCAAAACAAACAAGACGUGCAAACGUUUCUGGCAGAGUUUGCUUUGGAGCCGAUCGAACGAAGGGAAUUACUUUUAUGUGUCAAGGAGAUCAUGUCGAACAAGAAUAAUGCAACUUUCUAUCUCAAGAUCAAGACUCUUGCCACUGGAAAAACGUGGAAGGAAAAUGGUUUUCAUCUGAUCAAGGCAGUGAAGAAGGCCAAAGUGCUACAAUGUCUAUAUGUGCAAGAAUGGGGACGAAUUUAUACUUCGACACCCGUGUUUGAUUCUGGCGGCGGCAUUAUUAUUCUUAUGCAUGAUGCCGGUUCCCUGCUUCAUCUGUUGGGUGCCGAAGACAAACUUUCGUUUCAGUCUUUCUGUCGUGAGUUUCUUUCGUUGAUGAUAAGUACACUGACUAUACAGAAGCUUUUGGUGUUGGUUCACGGAGACAUCCACGAAGCGAACCUUCUUUUCAAUGCUCAAGCAAAGGAUUUGUUUAAGCUGCGUUUGAUUGAUUGGGAUGAAUCAGGGACCUUGCCAAUGAAACGUAUCGUCACAAAUAAAAUUCAAGAGGAACGGUACCCAGAAAAGCUUCUUGAAUCCAAAGAAGCCUACACCAAAGCUCAGUUGAUUCUUCUUUUUCGGGAAGUUAGCAUGAAUGAGUAUUCCAAGGCUGUAUUUGCGGCGGAUGGAGAAAUAUGCUUUCAUGAUCAGUCGUCACCGAACCUUUCGCUGCUAAACACAGAUGAAAACUGCGUCAACAAGCUUUACCGUUGGUUGGAAGCGGCGUUGUGGAAAGUGGUUACCAACCGCGAGCUUGAAGCAACGAUUGAAAAACUUGCAGCUUUUGAGAUUGAAGAGGUCGAGCUGUAA